GGAACAAAAGGCUAUCAAACGGCAGCGGCGGUGCCCCGUUGUGCUGAUAUGCAAAUCCGCCUCAUUUGGAUAUCAAAGGCUCGCCUCACUCUGCACAUUUUGCUAAUCGAUAAAUACUUUGACGGGGGCCUCGGCAAGGACUGAGCAUCGCCGAGCAUCGCCAUGGGGAAGAUCACCUUCUACGAGGAGAAGAAAUUCCAGGGCCGCUGCUACAACUGCAGCAGCGACUGCGCCGACCUGCACUCCUACUUCACCCGCUGCAGCUCCAUCCGGGUGGAAAGCGGCGUGUGGGUGAUCUACGAGAGGCCCAACUACAAAGGCUUCCAGUACGUCCUCUGCCCGGGCGAGUACGCCGACAACCAGCAGUGGAUGGCCUUCAGCGACAGCGUCAAAUCCUGCCGCGCCAUCAAGAACGUUUACGGCAACGCGUGGAAGCUGAGGCUGUACGAAAGGCCCAACUUCGGCGGGCAGAUGGUGGAAUGCACCGACGACUGCCCCUCGCUGUACGACGCCUACAAGGUGCGCGAAGCCUACUCCUGCGUGGUGAGCGACGGCGCUUGGGUCUUCUACGACCUGCCUAACUACAGGGGGCAUCAGUACCUCCUGGAGCAGGGCGAGUAUCGGCAGCACGCCGACUGGGCCGCCUCCUCUCCCGGCAUCGGCUCCUUCCGCAGGAUCACCGAGUUUUAGUCUUCUCUCCCAAUGCAUCAAUAAAUGAUCAACUGAGUCAAAA